CUCACGGCCCGUACGCGCGGAGAUCGAGCCCACGAGUCCAGCGGCUGUAUCGACCUCGCGUCAGCCUACUGUCGCAUAAACCGCGCCAGGGGCGUAGAACUCAUCUCGCCCGAGGAUCUCCUCUAUGCGGCCAAAAUGAUGGAACGCCUCAAGCUGCCCCUGCGUCUGAAGCGCUUUGAAAGUGGUGUUAUGAUAAUUGAACUCGCCUCUGAGUCCGACGAGUCCACCACGCGGUCCACUCUGCAGUGUGUGGAGUCCAACCAGUGUCUUUCAGCCGGUGCCUUGGCUCGCCUCGCGGGCAUUGCACCCAUCCUCGCACGCGAACGCCUCCUGCAGGCAGAGGAGCGAGGCCUACUGUGUCGCGACGACACCGACGGUGGUCUCCUCUUCUAUCCAAACCUCUUCCAAACGCGUGCCGCCUAG